UAAAGACCCUGCAGUCUUGGUAGAUGGUAUUUUUCUUUUCCUUGUGAAUAUUUACAUUGCUUCUGCAGGUAUGACAGAGCCUAGAAAAAAAGAGGUGGCUGUUCUACUGGGCCCUGCCCUUGCAAGGAUCUCUGUAUUGGUUCAUUUACUAGACUGAUUUGGCAGUGAGUGAAAGAGAGAGGCUGGAUCGUAUUGGAAGGCGACAAAAUCAAAAAAGAAGAAGAAGAAGAAAAAGGGGAUUUCUACAGCUCAUUUCUUGCACUCUUGCAAUUGUAAGGUUCUCUUCUCUAUGAAUCCAUGGUGAGUUGUCAAAUGAUUUGAGGUGGAGUGGAGUGGAGGGACUUUGCUUUGCUUUUGUUCAGAACUCUUUGAUAAGAAAUUGGAAUCGAUCACUUGUUUCUAACGCAAAAUCUCCCUGCCAGUCUUAAAGCUAGACAUUGGAAGAGUAAGAAACCAAUUCAAACCAAACAAAAUAAAACAAUAUAUAUAUGUAUGUAUAAAGAUAGAGAGAAAGGCUCUGACUUCUUGUACGGGGAAAUGUGAAUUUGCUUGUUAGGAUUAAAUUUCCACCACCUUCUUCUUAUAACCCAAAUCAUUUUCCAUUUUUUUUCAUUCACCAUCUCUUUCCCACCGUAAUCAUCAUUAUCAUUUUGGCUUUUGAAGACAUGAAAGGAACAUACUGGUGUUUUAUAUUUAUUCUGCAAUUAGUCUGUUGGGUUUCUGCUGCAGCCAGGAAUUUUGCUCCAAAUCCUGCCCUCCCUCCUCAUAAACAACAAGGUCUUAUUGAUUCAAAACAGGCUGUUAAAGGUGUUAAAGAAGAAGAAUUCUAUAGAGGUAUGAGGAAAAUAGGGUCAAGUCCACCCAGCUGUGAGCACAAGUGCUAUGGAUGCAUUCCAUGUGAAGCCAUUCAAGUGCCUACAACCACCAACAGACGCAGCCACGUAGGGGUCCAAUACACUAACUAUGAACCCGAGGGAUGGAAAUGCAAGUGUGGCCCUUCCUUUUACAGCCCUUGAUCCUAAAUCUUAAGAGGAAAAAAUAAAUAUGAUAGAAUAAAAAGAAUAACCUUCCUUUUUUUCCCAUCAUUUGCUUUGCCUUUUGCAUCAUUUCCAUCCCACUGUAUAGAAGUUCUUAAUUCAAAGUUAAUUUUUAAUAUGUAUGAGGUUCAACGUUAGUUUAGAAAAGUAGAUAAUUAAGUUUCUAUCAAAAUAUGGGGAUCAUAGAAGGUUAGACAUAGGUGAGUUAUGUUUAUUGUAGCUAAGAUUUUUUUCUUUUUUUGAAUAUUUUGUUUUAUUAGGAAAUUUGGCUCAUAUAAUUUUUUUGUUGAUGGAAAAGAAUUCACUUGUUACCACAUUGAAUAGAAAUUUUGUUAAUUAUUUAAUAA